CAACGGUGGCGAUGGAAGAGAAGGCGCACACAGAAGAGAAACGUCAUUGUUUACUGCCUUCUUUCUCAGCAUCAACAAGAAUCAAUUUGAUUCGGUUCCUGACUUGCUUCCAAAGAAAUAUGUGCUUUGUUAAAUUGAAAAGGUUGUAGAAUACAGAGAAAGAAACAAGAUGGUGCUAUGGGAGAUCGCAUUGGGAACUGCGUAUUUCUUGGGCCUGAGACGGACUUACAGGCUCGCUUUGAAGAUUCAACGUAAGCUCAUAUCCUCUAAACGUUCUAAGAUCCGUCACUUUCUUCAAAGGCGAACACGUGAUGUUUUUGAUGUUGCACUCAAGGUUCACCGGAAUAUACAACAGAGAGAUAUAGAAGUUGGUCGGAAUGUUGGUAACUGGAUUCUGCGAUGGCUGGACAGAAUGAAACCUUCUGCUCAGAUCCGUGGUCCCUCUGAGAUGAUACCCCCAAAUGGUGCUGGCUCAAAUACAAACAUGACAAAGCAGGAAACUAAGUCUUCCCUCCUGAAAACUCCUGGGAGUAACCACACUUCCAGAAGCCAUGAGUCCAAUCGGCAUCUCUUCACCUCAUCGAGGAAUCUGUGGUCAAAUUCUUUUCCUACAAUUGGAAUGAUGAUGCGGUCAACAAGACCUGCUGGAACUAUUACCCAGUAUAGACACUUGUGUAUCAGCAGGCCAGAAAUGGCAAAUCCAAGCUACAACAUUGGCAGAGCAUGGAGUUUUGAAGGAGUUGUUAGGAAAGACAUAAUGCAGUAUAUAGUGAAACAUUAAUGUGGGCAGAUAGUUUUCUGUUGGUUUCUUUUGUGGAUGGUGUUGGAUUUUUGGGAUCAAACCUUGCUAGAAGUUGACUUUGUUAGUAUGAGAGAGCAGUGUCUUUGAGCUGAAAGUGAUGGGUGAAUCUUUUUCUUUCUUAGUUUUAUUGUUCUCUCAUUUGCAAUAUCUUGAAAUUAUAGAUGCUUUUAUCAUUAUUAAGGUAUCUGAUUGGUUAGGAUUAGUUAGACGUAUUCAAAUUGGAUUAGUGAUCGAUUUCUAGGUUUUGUUGUAAAUUUAAUUUUAAAUAUGUAGAUCAAUUUAAACUGAAGUUAAAGAUAGGGUAUUUAUCAUUGUUA